CCCGAGACCCUGUACGGGCGGCGCGCGUCUGGCUGGUGUCGCGUGCACAGGUGUCCCCCUUGGGGCAGCGCGAAGGCAGGGGGCGCUGGGGCUUCCCAGCCCGUCCCCGCUGCUCCGGGCCCCUCUGCACGCCGGGUCGCACCCCAGGGCAAUCCGUCUGUUCCGCCCCCGCUUCAGGACCCUUUGGGUUUUUCAGAAGCCUUCGCAAAGGAAAGUCUUCCGAAAAAAAAUCAGUUUUAACAGGGCCCCGGGGGUGCGGGAGCUGCCCCGAUCCCCGAGUCUGGCGUGGAUGGAGGCGCUGGAGGAGGAGUUUGGGGGUGAGGGGGAGCAGGGCACCCCCUGGGGGGAUGAGGGGCUGGUGGGGGCACUGGCAGCAGGGCUCUAUGGGGAGCUGGAGCACCUGGUGGGGGCCCAUGGCCCCACAGUGGUGGCAGGGCUGUUACCCCAGCUGGUGGCUGCGCUGGAGGGGCUGGAGCAGGCAGGAAGGCAGCUCCAGGACCAGGACCAUGCCCUGGCUGCCCUGCAUGAAGACCAGGCCCGGCUGCUGAGCCAGUACGAGCGUGAGCGGGCCGGACGUGCCCGUGCCGAGGAGCGGUACAUGGAGCUGGAGGACGCAGUGGAGCAAGAGCGGAAGGGGCACCGGGCAGUGCUGACCCUGCUGGAGGGGCAGAGCCGGCUUCUGGAAGGCAAAGCGCGGGCCUAUGCUGACCAGGUGGCCAGCCUGGAGGAGCAGAAAGCUGCCCUGCUCAAGGAGCUGUCAGCCCUGGGCCAGACCCAUUCUAAGGUGGUGAAAAGCUACAAGGAGCUGAGAGCCCAGAAGCAGCCACUCCCUAGACCCUCUGUCCCACAACCCAGCAGCACCCCAGAGCCCCCACAACCAGCCCCCAGCCUCUUGGAACCCAGGUGCCCACAGCCUUAUGCUUUCUGCAAGGGCUCUGUGGAGGACCCAGAUGCCACCUUACCACCUGUGUCCAUCAAGACCCCAGAGGAUGGGCAGAGACGCCCCAGGAACAGCCGCCCACUGUCCCAGGAGCUGCCUCUUCUGGAGGGAAAUGGCCACCUGGAGCUGUGCCAGCACACGGAGUUGGAUGAGAUUGUGCGUUCCACCCCAGAAUUGGAGCCCCAGCCAGAGCUCCUGAGCAGCACCCCAGACCCAAUGCCACCAGAAGACCUUGAGCGCAACACAACAUCAUUGUUUGCGGAGGUGUCGGGGCUUGGUCUGGAGCUUAUUGAGGCCCUGGAUGAUGGGGCUGAUUUGCAGGGGGAUGCCAUACAGGUGCUCGUCAAGGAGAAUGCCAACCUCCGGAAGGUGAGGCAUGAGUUGGAGGUAGCACGCUGGCACCUAGUGGCACGUGUGGAGGAGCUGAGUGCGGAGCGUGAAACACUGCGAGGGGAGUGUGAUACUGCCUCCCGCACCCUGGGAUGCUGUCAGGCCCGGCUGGAUGAGACUGAGGCUGCGCUGGCCAGGCUGCGACAGGAGUUGGAGGAAACUAAGAAGCAGAACAAUGAUGCUGAGGCUGAGGCCCCAGUAUCGCAGCGGAAGCGAUUCACACGGGCAGAGAUGGCAAGAGUGCUCACUGAGCGCAACCUGUAUAAGGAGCGGGUCAUGAGCUGCAGGGGGCUGUAGCUGCAGGAGGCUGUACGACGCACAGAGCUGCUCAGGGCAUCACGGGAAGUGCAGGCAGCUCAGAUGAAGAAGUCUUCCUUCUGGAAAAUCUUUGACCGUUUGUUUAGCCCUGGUGACUCCCCAGAGCGGGCCCCAGUGCAAGCCACCAUGUUGGGGAGGUCUGGACCCCGCUCCAGCACCACCACUGACCCCCGUUGGAACAGUGGGCAGAUUCCCACAGUGGUGAGAUACGUGUCUCGCUCAGCCUCACCUACAAACUCUGUGGAGUCCCCCAGCCUGUCCCCACAGCAGCAGAAGCGGGACCUUUACCGCCAGAUCCGGACCCACAUUUGGAGGGAGCAUGGCCGUGCCCAAGUCCAUGGCUGGAGUCUCCCGCACCCUCACCAGGGCACCAAUGAGACAUCAGGGAGCAAUAAGGAUGUGCCCAGGCUGCUUCAGCUGCACCUGCUGGACCAGAAGGAUCCCAGUACCAAGCUGUGGUGCGCGGCUAGUGCAGGGAUACUGGGGCCGGAUGUCAGUGACUCGGCUGUGCCUGCCAGCCUGGUAUGGGUCUGUUCAGGGACCCCAUCGGCCAGCGAGGUGAUGGUCCUUGAUGUUAUGCGCCCCAACCAUGUGCUGGACCAGUUUGUUUUGCCUCAUGCCCACGUGGUCUGUGCUGCUUGGCUUCCUGGUUACCAGGUGUCCAUGGAGCAGAGCACAGAGCUGAGCCCUGAGAUUCUGGAUGACCCCCUGGCACCUAGAUCCCCAGAGGUGGAGGAGGGGAUUGCAGAUACAGGCAUUGCCAGGAUGGCUGCCACCAUGUGGCUGGGCACCCAGGAGGGCAGCAUCUUUGUAUACUCGGCUGUGUCUAAUUGGCGCCAGUGCCUCUCCAAAGUCCAGCUCAAGGAUGCCGUCCACAGCAUUGUCCACGCUCAGGGGCAUGUGGUGGCUGCACUGGGGGACGGGACCCUGGCCAUCUUUCACCGCAACGAUGCCCAGUGUUGGGACCUGGCACACCCCCACCUGCUGGACCUGGGCCGCCCACACCAGUCCAUCCGUUGUGCCCUGGCUGUGGGGGGCAGGAUCUGGUGUGGCUACCGCAACCGCAUCCAUGUGGUAGAGCCCCGUGGUGCCCGCAUCAAGCGGUCCUUUGCGGUGACUUCACGCCCUGAGAGCCAGGUGCGGCACAUGGUGUUGGCAGGUGCUGGGGUGUGGGUGUCCGUGCGACUGGACCCUACCCUGCGCCUAUUCCAUGCAGGCACUGGGCAGCCCCUGCAGGAGGUUGACCUGGAGCCCCUCAUCCAUGGCAUCUUUGGCCCUACCACCCUGGGCUUCUCCCUGCAGGUGUCAGCACUUGGUGCCUUUGCCCAGCGCCUCUGGGUGGGUACUGCCAGUGGCACCAUCCUCACCCUGCCCUUUGCCCCUGAGUUCACAGGGGACUCUGAGGCUGCCAUAGCUCCAGGCUGCCAGCCCAGUCCCUUGCCUGCCAGUGCCCAAUACUGCGCCAUGGAACAGGCACAGGCCUCCUACCAUGGGCACCGUGAUGCUGUGCGCUUCCUUAUCUGCGUCCCAGGGAGCACUAAGAGCCUUCAGAAGGGGGAGGGACCAUCAUCACCUUCUGCCCUGGUGCUGAGCGGAGGGGAAGGCUAUAUCAACCUCAGGAUUGGGGACGACUCAAAUGAGCAGUUUGGAGAUCUGCUGGUGCCCAACCCCCGCCUGCGACGCUCAGAGCGCAGCCACCUCAUCAUGUGGCAGGUCCAGGCCUGAGGCCAUACCCAUGGGCACCUCUGACUGCUGCCUGGGCCCGGGGGUCCUAGAGUUUUCUCCUCUAUCUCAGCAGCUCCAGUGGUUGGUCCCAGAGGCUACAAGCUGGACCCAAGCCAACUGGGAGCCGCAUUAACACUCUGCUGCCCAGGGCAGGGCAGGACAGCUAUAUUCUCUGCAGGGGUGACUGGAGUUGGCUCCUCCCUCUUCUCUACCCCCAACCUGAGGGUUGGAGGCCCUCCCCCAGCUCUGUUCCCAUCCACCCUGCACUGACCCUCUACCCCCAUAUCCCUGCAGUGGGGGGAAGGCAUCCGUCUGGGACAGACUGCUGCCUCUGUGUCUGCUUCUUCCCUAACUCACUGUCUGCACCCCUAGACCAGGUACCUCCAGAGAGGUGUCACAAGCUCUGGAUCCUUCCAUCUCCGUCCUGCCCACCCCCCUCCUUCCCACCAAAAGAAAAAGGCUUCUUGAAAUUGUUCUUCCUUCUUCCCCAUUCUUGACUCAGGAAAGCACCCAGCUGCUCAGGACCAAAGGUCACCAGCAGCCCUUCCCACAUGCACAGUAUAGGGCUACGGUUCCCUGAUAAGAUUCCCUUUGUUUAGGGGACUGCCUGGACAACUGGGGUCAUCCCCAAGCCUGGCCCUUGCCUUGUGCUUCUAACUGGGGGUGGGCCUACUGUCACACUCAGGAGUAUAGAGGGCAGCUGCCCUCAGAGGAAUGUUUACAGCACCCCCCUACCUCUUGAUUAAGCCCCAUCCUCCAGGUCCCCCCUCUUUCCCACCCUGGCUGCUCUGACUGCCCACCCUGCUGUGGCCCUUCCUUCGAUGCGGAGGGAUGGGAGCAGCUCAGAAUCAGACCCUGAGCCUGGCCCCUGCUCCCAGUUGAGGGGCUUGGUGGCUUAGAACAGGGGCACAGCAGUUGGAUGCAUGGGUAAUAUUCCUACUUCUGGCCCCUCUCCCAUGCCUGUUUCCCUCCACUCCAGUCACUCCAUGUUUAGCAGUUCUGACUGCAGGGAACACCCCUUGUGGCCUGGGGACAGGCAGUGGGGUGAGGCUGCAGCAAGAUUUCCUCCUAGGGAGGUGCAUUUCGGGCUGGUGAGAUGCCUUUGCUGCUACAAGCUCAGGGCUGGGCUUUGCCCCAUGUCUGUCUGUCCAUUCAUCCCACACUGCCUCUGCAGAGUGGGCAAAGCCUCAUUUUUCUAUGGGAAGGUUUCUAAUAAAGCUUUAUUUUUUCUGGCCUGAAA